AUGUUUUCCAAAAGUCCAUCACUCCUCGGGAUUGCCCUGCUCUUCCUGCAGAUGCAGUCCUUCGUGGUGGCCCGAACCUGCUAUGCCCCUGACGGAACUACGGCAGAGUCACGAUUCAUGCCCUGUCUCGGCUUCGAUGGUGUUGAGUCCAUGUGCUGUGGAACGAACAGCAGCAAGCCGGAUUUCUGCCAACCCAAUGGACUCUGCUACUACCCUCGCGAGAAUACCUACUGGCGAAAUUAUUGCACAGACAAGACAUGGUCAAGUCCCAACUGUUUACCAAAAGACCUAUGCGAUAGCGAGCAUGGCGGGAACUCGAGCAAGGGGUCUCAAGUGAUCAUCUGCCCCGUCGAGUCGGGUGUCAGAUACUGCUGCGGGAAAUCGACGAGCUGCUGCGACCAAGCGUUCGACCUCAAGCCCACCCUCGUACAUAUUGGCGAUUCACCCACCGCGACAGUGACGGCCACUCUCGACACCACCGUGACAGCGACAGCUGCAGCCGCAACAUCAAGUGAGAGUUCAUCUUCAUCGUCCAAAAAUGUCGCAAUCGGAGUCGGCGUGGGUAUCCCGCUGGGAAUUCUGGCCUUCGCCAUGCUGGGCGUGGGAUUUUGGUGGGGGCGACGAAAGGCACGUGCAGAGCAUGGCAACAACUUGGGUUCGCCCAACGGUCCACCGCGAAUGAACUACCGAGAAGCCGACUCACGUCCCGUCCAUGAACUCGAUCAAAGGGGGCUAUUUGAACUCCCAGAGCAUAAACCCGCGAUAUAG